AUGGCGGCGGCCUUGGCUCGGCUCGGGCUCCGGGCGGUCAAGCAGGUUCGUGUUCAAUUCUGCCCCUUUGAGAAGAACGUGGAAUCUACGAGGAUCUUUCUCCAGGCGGUGAGCAGCGAGAAGGUCCGCGCCACCAACCUCAACUGCUCGGUGAUUGUGGACGUGAGGCACGACGGCUCUGAACCCUGCGUGGACGUGCUGUUCGGAGACGGACACCGCCUGAUUAUGCGCGGCUUCCACCUCACUGCCCAGGAAAUGCUCACUGCCUUCGCUUCCCACAUCCAGGCCAGGGGCGCUGCGGGGAGCGGGGACAAGCCGGGCCCUGGUACCGGGCGGGGCUGACAGCGAGGAAGAGGCCAACAGGCAGAUUUUAGCCUGAGACAGGGACACUUGUAUAAGAAGAGCUUGACCUCAUCAUUCAGACACUAGCUGGAGGGCCAAGGAGCACACCUCUCUCAUACUCCCCCCCUCCCCCCCCCCGCUACCCCCAAAAGCCCUGCGACUGUAAAUCCAACUGUUUCUGGAACGAGACAAAAUUGGAGAGGGAUCUGGAUAAACUUGAACUUAUUUCACUUUCUUAACAUCACUCACCGAGUAAUCCCUUUGAGUUUGAGUUCUGCCACCACAAACUCAAGAUAUCUCUUACUCUUAAGGUUAACCUAAGCCAGUGCUGUCUCCUUAGUUUUAUCUUGCCAUUUCAGUAGCAUCUGUCACUGGGAAUUCACCCCCUUGUGGAAACUCUUCUUCUUAGAUCCUCAUUCUUCUCAGUAUGUUUAAUCUUCAGUUACCUUUGUAGGUUUAUCUUCAUCCUCUCUCUGCAUUCUUCCUGGAGUGUCUCAUCCUCUCAUAACUGGAACUACCCUCUCUGGAGUUAAUCCCUGCAUUUUUGUUUGGCUGUAAUCCCAAUUUCUGUGCUACAGUCUCACAGGUUACCUGCUACUACUCUCCCUCAAAUCCCACCAAUACUCCUUGUCCAAAAUAGUUUUGAUACUCUUACAUACACAUGCUUGUCUUUCCUCUGACUUCCCCAUUCGUUUUAAAGGCACUUCAUCUGCUCAGUCACUUGGGCUAGAAACUACAGCAUUAUCUCUGCUCUCUCCCUUUCUCUGACUAUUCAGUCAGUAAAUUUAGAAUACUGUGUUUUAAACAAAAGCUCCUGAAAUGUUCUCUCAUCCCAUUCACUCUCCUGUAUCAUUGUUGAACUCUCCCACCUGGUCUAAAAUCUCUUUUGCUGCUGUUUAAUGUUAUCUUUUCAAAGCACAUCACUGGUUUUAUCUCCCACUACUAUCUGUUUCAGGAAACAGUGCCUAAAGUAGUGUUUUUCAUACUGGGACACCACCAUAAUGUGGAUCAUGGAAUCAAUUUAGGCGGUUAAAUCAGCCUUUAAAAAAGUGAAAUAGAAUAAAAAGUAUCAGAGUGCAUGGCCCAUGGUAUGGGAAGUAUUCUUUUAGGAAACUUUGGUUUUAAGCAUAUACUUAAUUAUAUAUAUAUAUAUCUAUAUAAAAUAUAGAGUUAUGUGUGUGUGUGUAUUUGCACGUUGUUGUGUGGUGUCGAGUCAAUUCUGACUCAUAGUG